UUUUGAAAUAAUUGAAAUUACCUUCUCGUAUAGCUCUGGCUGUAUCAGUGUGGUACGCUACUUGUAAAUAUAGCUAUAGUGAAGCUUUUCAGGCGAUAACGCCUGAGUUAUUUUGUAAACGACAGAUUCGAAAGUGCUUACUACUUAGUUGUAGGCGAAUAUCCAGUUGGUGAAAUUCUCUGGGUAGGGAAACAGUCAUAGUGAUUUGUCUGGCUGUGUAAUAUACUGUGCGCUGAGGGUCCGAGGCAGAACAUGGAAACAGACCACGAAGAGGAAGCAGCUGCUGAGAGUGUUGCAGAUGUGGACUCUGAUCCUGGAGAUGCACGACCUGCCAUUCAGUACGAUGUGAAGAGCAGUCCUCGGCUUCUUGGCCAGGCCAAGGCAGAGUUUGCCUGUACCGCCGACAACUUUCUCCGUGGAUGUGAGUGGGCACCUGAUGGGUCGUGUGUGCUAACAUGUUCUAACGAUAACUCGUUGCGCGUCUUCAACCUACCUCCAUCGGUGUACCAGUCCGGGCCAGCAGAGACUGCGGGAGAGGUUACGGAGAUGGAGAGCGUCCUGUCAGCAAGAGAAGGAGAGCUUAUCUACGACUACUGCUGGUAUCCGAAAAUGAACUCCAGCGACCCAGUAUCCUGUUUCUUUCUAAGUUCGUGUCGUGAUCAUCCCGUUCAUCUAUGGGAUGCAUACACCGGUCAGCUGCGUUGUUCAUACCGGCCAUACAAUCAUCUGGACGAGAUCAGCGCUGCGCACAGUCUUCAGUUUAGUGCAGAUGGUAGCAAGCUCUACUGUGGCUUUGAUGGCAUAGUGCGCAUAUUCGACACAGGCCGGCCGGGACGCGACUGCAUACAGCGAUCUGUAACCAGUAAGAAGCAGGCGAGUCUGUCUGGAAUUGUGUCCUGCAUUGCCGUCAGCGAGGCACAGCCUGGAAUCUACGCUCUCGGAUCCUACUCUAGACGUAUCGGACUGUACUCUGAACCAGGAGGGUCAGCACUGUUUCUACUGGAGGGUCAACGUGGCGGUGUCACUCACUUGCAAUUCACUAACGACGGCACGCAACUGAUAUCAGGUGGCCGUAAGGACAAUGAAAUGCUAUGCUGGGACCUGCGGCAGCCAGGCAAGGUACUUUGGAGAGCAGUGCGGAAUGUCAUUACCAAUCAACGCAUCCUAUUUGACAUUGAUCAGUCCAGUCGGUUUAUGGUGUCGGGCAAUCAGGAUGGAAGUAUAGUGUUUUACGACAUGGCUGCAGGGGAUGCUCAGACUGUUAGCUCGGCUGAUGGUGAGCAGCACGUGGCAGCAGAGAGCAGUUCAGAGAUUCAGCUAAGUGAGCUGUCCCGCUUCGCAGUGCACACGGAUGCAGUCAACGGCUGCAGAUUGCAUCCUUCUCUGCCCCUUGUUGCUACUACAUCAGGACAGCGGAAGUUUGCCAGUCCCGGAGCCGAAUACUCCAGCAGUGACAGUGAUAGCGAUUGUGACGGCCAUUCUGCAGCGAAGUCACGGUCUCCACAGCCACAGCCGCCACCGCCACAGCGUGAUAACUCCCUACGUAUCUGGUCGCUCGCUGCCACCACCGGGAGCUCAGCCGAGUCUGAACUGACGUAGGCAGCUGCAUCCACUGCCAAAGCAACUGAAGCCGUGUUUUCUGUUUAGGAUGCCGUGUGGAAUGUGGAGCUUACAUGUGAUGUGAUCCACCCCUCUAUCGUAGUUUUCUUGAUCUGUUACUGCGCAGAUGUGAUUCGAACACAUAGUGUACAGGUGAGUACGCCCAUGACAUGUUGAGUGUACAUCUCCUUACUGCUGCAAUCGUGUGUUCCCCACCACCAUCAUUGCAACAAAGGCAAGAGAUUCAAAUUCUAGGUCUGCCGGGUGCAAUUCUUUUGUUAGCACAUGCUCCGCGUCCAUUAGACACAUGGUGCAAUUCCCCGCCAUGUUAUUCUUGCUAGAAUACAUACCCUAUCAAUCCAUGAUAGAAGAUUGUUUUAUCUUCA